CUACGUAUAGGAAGCCUAGCCUAAUAACCUAUCGUAAAUAUAUAUCAUGGCAUCUCACAACACGAAGCGCGAACUCGAGUUUGCGGCAACUCAAUUUCGUGCACAGCAGGACACAUAGAAGUCGCUUGCAUAAGUUUUGCUUCUGGUUGCAAGCAGCAGUUUUGCAUCCCGCGAAACGCACAGCACAAACUUGGCCGACGACGUCGUGUUUUGCUCCGCGUACAAAGGAGGGAGCACCUAAAACUUACAUUCAGUAUGUGUGACGUGAGAAAGCAGGCAAUGGUCUCAGGUUCUCUGUUUGCUUCGUGGCCAGUGUCCUUGACGCCCCGGGGCCUGUACUCAGCACUUCUUCAAGUUGUCUUUUACAACUGCUGCUCUCGUGACAUAGACGAGGGGCCUGUUGUAAACGCUGCGGCAGGUUUUCAUCCCAUUCCCGGCUUUGUUUGUCCUAGCACCGGAUGCUUUGGGCUGUCAGCUUCUGUGACAUAAUACCUCAUGCUAUUCUGCCUGCAUUGCCUGGUUGCUCGUGGGCUUAGGUGACCCAUUUCGACCGGUCUUGCUUUGCAUUUCCUUUUUUGUAGGGGUGCUGGCUGGUCACUGCAAACCGCGCAGGGUCUUUGUGACCGCUGCCCCUUAACGACGACGCAGUCACGUCAUAUAAAUGGAAGCGUCCCUGCCGAACCUGCCGAGCGCCGGGCUGCGUGGGAACGGGCAGCCACUGCCGCCCUCGCCGUUUGCCUUCCAAACGCUGGGUCCCCAGAACGCCCAGGAGUCUGCCAUGCUAGCGUCCGUGCACGGCACCUGGUCUUCGGGUGCCGCCGCAGGCACAGGCGGUGCCGUGGCGGAGCCAGGGCAGUCGGGUUCAUCAUUGGCGGCCCACUUCGCCCAGCGCGACGCAGGCGGGGCGGCUGCGAUGGCAGGCAGCUCGCCGCUGACACGCUCCCUGUCACUCAGCAUGGCCCCCGGGCCGAAUCCUGGCCUGCAGGCUAGCAGCACGGGCUUGGGCGGCGCUACAGCCGGCCGGGGAUUGGGGCAGCCGCGAUUCGGCACAGGCGGCGGAACGCAGGUGCUGCUACAGCCAGCCUCCCCGCGCAGCUCCCCGAUCAAGCGCCCGUUCGGCGCCGGGAGCUCGGCUGCAGCCGCCACGGCGUUAGCAGGCGCAGGCGACAUCAACGUACGUGCCUGGUCGCUUCCGCCGGGGGCUGCUGCUGACACGGCGGCGGCGGUGCCGGCUCUGGACCAGUCGCUACCGCAGCAGCAGCCGUCCUACCGCCCUGCCUCGGCACAGGCUGCGCCGCUGUCGCUGCUACUGCCGCGCCGACAAACGGGCCACCAACACGCGCCGCCGCCGCCAAUGGUCCGCCCGCCGACCUACCCGGCGCCGUACUACCCGCGCUACGGUGGCGGCCAACCGCCGUACCCGUACAGCCUGGCGGCGCACGCGGGCGCUGGAUCCGAAUCUGCCCUGGAUCCGUUGGCGCCGCCGCCGCCCCAUGAGUUUGGCUUGCAUCCGCCGUACCCGCACUACGGCGCCGCUCCGGGCGCAGGUUACGAGCCCUUGUACGGCAGCGGCGGCGGCCACACGACGGCGCCGCCGCCAGUGUAUGGUUCUGGACUGGGCUACCCAGUGUAUGAUCCAUACGGCGUGUACGGCCCGGCGCCUGGCAGUGACAGCUCGUACGCAUCAUCCUCCCGCAUCAACCGAGCCGCGUCCUGGCACCCGGGCGCCGGGUUCCCGGCAGGGCCGGCCGCCGGCGGCGGCGCUGAUGCCGUUGCCGCGGGCACCCCCACCGGCGGCGGCGGCAGCGCUGCUGCUGGUGGCGGCGGCGGUUACACGAACCUGGCGUUGCAGACGUCACCGUCGUUCAUCAACUCGGUGGCGUCGCUGCACAUCGCCAGCUCGGCUGCUACAGCUGAGGACGGCGCUGUCGCAGUCUCCGAGGCAGGCGCGUACCAAGAAAAUAACAGCGCUGCCGCGGGUGCCGCCAGCGCUGCUACAGCCGCCGCCGCCGCCGCCCACGGCAGCGAUCCCGCGAAGCGCCGCCGCGUGGACAGCAGCUCCAGCUACCCGCAUGUGGCGUCGGCGCAGCCUCCGCCGCAACAGCAGCAGCAACGCCAGCAGCUGGAGCUGCACGCCCCUAGUGAGCCCGUGCAGCGCGCUGGUACGCUGGGACUGCAGUCACGACGACAGCUGAAGCACCCAGCCGCCGCCGCCUUUGCGGCGCUCGACGCGACGGCGGCCGCCGCCGCCAGCCGCGUCGCCGCCACCGCGGACCCGCUUGAUGCCCUGUUAGAUAUGCCUGACUUCUGGGGCCCCGGCACACCCGUGGAGCCGCAACACCAUCAACUACACCAUCAAUUACAGCAACAGCAGCAGGUGCCAGCUACGGCAAUGCUCAUGGAUGGCAGCAGCAGCCCGCCACCUGCUCACGCGCCAGCAGUGACGGCCGGUGGCGGCGGCGCAGAUGCCAGCGGCGGCGGGCUUGUGGCAGCGGAUACGCAGCUGCAGCAGCUGCAGGCGCAACAGCAGGCAGACGCGCAGCAGCUGCUGGCGCAGCAGCAGCAGCUCCUGAGGCAGCAGCAGGAGCAGAUUGAGCUGCUGCAGCGGCAGCUCAUGAUGCAGCAGCAACAGUCACAGCAGCGGCAGCAGCAGCAGCAACAGUCACAGCAGCAGCAGCAGCAGCCACAGUUCCAACAGCAGCCACAGUCCCAACAGCAGCAGCAGCAGCAGCAGCAGCAGGACCAACAACAGCAGGCGGCACAACAGCAGCUCCAUCUCCAGCAGCAACAGCAGCACCGGCAUCAGCAGCAGCAGCAGCAGCAGCUAUUACUGCAGCAACAGCAGGCGCAGCAACGGCAGGCGCAGCAGGCGCAGCAGGCGCAGCAGGCGCAGCAGCUGCCGCGCCCUUCUGAGGCUGCAAACAGCCUCGCGCUGGAGGGCGCUGAGGCAGAGCUCAACCUUGCCCUGUUUGAGCUCUUGCAUGGUUCCGACGGCGGCGCCAUCCCUGGUGGCGGCGCCGCCGCCGGUCAGCCGCUCUCAGGUCACCUGUCCCCUCUUGGUGAUACAAGCCUGGGCGGCUCAGGCCAUCGCGUAGGCUUGGGCCUGGCCGGUGCUGCCUACCCGACAAACGUCCGCGCCGGCAGCGGCAGCGUCCGUGCCGGCAGCGGUGCCGCUGGCAGUGCUCAGCGCCUGGCGGCGCUUUUCGGCCCCGGAGGUGGCGCCGCCGUCAACUACGGCGGUGGCGGCGCAGCCGGAGGGGGUGCACAGAGCGUAGUGUCCAGCGUCGUCCGCGCGGGCACCAGCCCAGCCGGCAGCCUCAGUCUCGCGCCGACGUGGCAGCCCGGCAGCGGCAGCGCUGGCGGCAGCUUUAGCAUCAUGGGUGCAGCCAGCGGCGCCGCCGGAGCUUCUGCGGCGGCGGUGGCGGCGGCCGCCGCGGGCGGUGCCGCCAGCGGCUCUCAGCGCUACGUAACGGCGCUGAGCGCGGAUGUUGGCGCCGGUGGCGCCGCCGCCUCUGGCGGCGGUGCAGCGAGCGCGAGCAGAAGUCGCGCCUCUUCCGCCCAGGCGUUCCGGGACGGCAUCGGCGUCAUGCCCGGGCCCCGCGGGACCCAGGCUGUCGCACAGCCGCUGCCGGUGCCCCGGGGCGUCUCGCAUCUACCACAGGCGCUGCAGCCAUUGCUGGCGCUGCACCCGGGGCACCACCUGCAGCAGCACCACCACCAACAACAACAGCAGCAGCAGCGUCGUGGCGGCAGCGCGGGCGCCGGCGGCUUCCCCACGUUUGCGGGCACGCCGGCGGUUGCGGCGGCCGUGGCGGCGGCAGCUGCGCCGCCGGAUUUCCCAACGCUGGCACCCGGCCCCCAGGCCCACGCGCCAAGGACGAAUCUGCUUCAUCAAGACGCGACAGCAGCGCACCAAACACAGCAUCCACGCCAGCACCAGCGCUCUUCGCAAUCGCCGCUGGCGCCGGCCGCUGUUGUGCGCGCUCCCAGCGGAAGCGGUGUCCAUGGCAUCUGUGGCGCCGACACAAUCCCGAUCGUCAGGUUGGAGCAUCCAGGGGCGUCGGUCCAGCAGGAGCAGCUCAGUGUUCCGGACGCCGACGCUGACGCCGGCCCCGGGCCAGGCCCGAGCCCAGCAGGGGGGUUGGGCGGCGGCGCGACUGGCGGCGCGGCCGACUCCAAGCAUGUAGCCGCUGCGGUGUCGCCAGUGUCCACCCCCACUUCCACGGCAGCAGCAGCAGCGGCAGCGGGGCCGUCCGGCUCACGUGCCGCCGCCGGCGCAAGGGGCGGCAAGGCCGCCAGCGGCACGCCCAUCCGCCGCAUCGGCGGCAACGGCACGCGCCGCCGCCGGCCGCUUCCCGAGUCUCUGGCUGCAGAGGAUCGCCUGCCGGGACCGUUGCCAGUGCCCGUAUCUUCCAUCUACACUGUAGAAAUUUUGAAAAUUUCCGCUUUUUGGUAGAUACAUUUUAGGAUUUUUGGAAAGUGCAUCUUCAGAUUGCAGGUGAAAUUCUGCGGAUUCGUGGGACCGCAUCUACGCAGUGAAGAUGGGAAGUUUUGCUCAUCUACGCUGGCGCUCAGGUACGAAUCCGACAUUUUUUCACUUUCACUUCCACUUCCUUCACUUCACUUCUGUGUCCUUCACUUCACUUCUGUGUCCGUGCACUUUUAGAGCCGCCGUGCGGCGCGGGGGGCGGGGGGAAGGCGCGGGGAGUUUGUUUGCAAGGCACAGGCGCGGGGGGCGGGGGGGCGGGGGGGGGGGGGCGGGGGGCCGACGUCGCAAAGGAAUCGCGUGAAUGGUCUCUCAAGGGGGUGGAACAUGAACAAUGUAAAUAAUAGUAUGCAGCAACAGCAACGGCAGCCAAAUAAGCGCAAGAGCACCAACGUUGCCACCCGCUGAACCUAGGUGGCAUCGUCGCGUGGAACGGGAUUCGCGGGCCCGAUGCCUCUUGAUUUGGUAAUGCCUCUUGUUUUGAAUGGAGCCGCCCAGCCCGGAGGAGGUCAGCCUGGAGCAGCGCGGUGUGGACAUCAUGAUGUCAGUUUUUAUGGGGCGUGUGAUGGGACAGGGUUCAAGGCAGGUUGGCGAGGUCCCGUAGGGUGCAGCCGAUGCCCAGACCCGUAAGCAGACAGCAAACAGCUUUUAUGGGGCAAGAGGAAGUCGUGCGGUGGAGACGGGGCUGAAGCGGGCGGCCGGGGGGGGAUGGGCGCGCCGACAGCGAUGCAUGAUCUGUUGGCACGCAUGCCGAGCUGAAAUACGGGUUGGAGUUUCAAGUUGGGGUUCACAGGUUCGCG